AUGCUGCCAGGUCGCCACCCGGCGCGCCGUGCCGACACCGCCGGGACGGGGCCGCUCCUGCCGGACGCCACCCGCGCGGCGGUGGCGGAGUUCGUCGCCACGGCCAUGUUCGUGUUCGCCGCUGAAGGCUCCGUCUACGGCCUCUGGAAGCUGUACAAGGACGACACGGCGACGCCGGGCGGCCUGCUCGCGGUGGCCAUCGCGCACGCGCUGGCGCUGGUGGCCGCGGUGGCGGUCGCGAGCAACGCGUCGGGUGGGCACGUCAACCCAGCGGUCACGUUCGGCCUGCUCGUGGGCCGACGCAUCUCCUUCGGGCGUGCCGCCGUCUACUGGCUCGCGCAGCUGCUCGGCGCCGUGGUCGCGUCGUUGCUGCUCACGCUCGUCUCCGGAGGCACGCGCCCCGUGGGCAUCGGGCUCGUCCGCGGCAUCCACGAGCGGCACGCGCUCCUGCUCGAGGCCGUCAUGACGUUCGGGCUCAUGUACGCCGUGUACGCCACCGCGGUGGACCACCGGAGCCGGGGCGGCGCGACGACGGUCGCGAUCGCGCCCCUCGCCAUCGGCUUCGCCCUGGGCGCGAACAUCCUCGCCGGCGGCCCGUUCGACGGCGCGGCGAUGAACCCGGCGAGGGCGUUCGGGCCCGCGCUCGUCGGCUGGAGCUGGCGCCACCACUGGGUCUACUGGAUCGGGCCACUGAUCGGCGCCGGGCUGGCUGGCGCGUUGUACGAGUCUGUCAUGGUUGAGCAGGAGCCUGAGGCGCCGGCAGCGGCAGCUCCUCGGAUGCCUGUUGCCUCUGAGGAGGACUACUGA